AUGACCACGUCAAUAUUAGAUAUCCCGCCAGAAUUACUCAGCCACAUUGCAAGCUAUGUUACAUCGCUUCAAUCAUUGAAAAACAUAGCCAGUCUAGACCGUCGGCUAUAUGCUAUUUUCAACCCUUUAUUAUAUCGACGAGAUGCGAGGUCAGAUCGCAGCCAGGCAAUAGAUUGGGCCGCCAAGAAUGGAGAUAUGAGGAUUUUAAGCAAAGCUUUAGACCACGGAGCUAAAAUACCUGGACCUUGCAAGGCUAAAGUCAAAUAUCACGCGGAAAGACGCCAGCGUUAUGGAGUCAAGAUCUCGAGAUAUUUUGAGUACAAAGUAUCUCAUCCAUUAUGCAUCACAGCCGAGACAGGGAACAAGGACAUAAUGGAGUUCUUGAUCUCGAAAGGAUGUGACCCAAAUAUGCGAAAUUCUGAAAAUUUAUCAGUCCUAUCCAUAGCCGUCGUUCAUGGUCAUCUUCAUUUAGUGCAAGUCUUGCUAGCGUCGGGAGCAAAUCAGUUUGGUUCCGAUUUUCCGGAUAAAUACAAUACUCCCCAAGAAAAUUACGCCCUUCAAAUUGCAGCUCAUCUUGGCAACAGUCAAAUUUUUGAUUUGCUUUUGACGCAUGACCCGUAUAAAAUACGAAAUGCCGCUGAUUUGUGGUGCUCCCUAGAAUGUGCUUUUCGAGCAAAGCACUACGGUAUCAUACCGCCACUAGUUGAAUGUGGAGUUUGUUUGAAUAGCUGUUUCUCUGAGGGAUUUCAAACGCCAUUGUCCUUAGCUGUCGAGUCUGGAGAUUGCAACCUCGUUAAAUUUCUUUUGGAUAGCGGGGCUGACCCCAGCUUCACUAUCCUUUCCCAAUGGGACAGCUAUGGACGGCCAGCAACCUCGGUGGGGUGGAAAGGGGAAACGGCGUUAUCCAAGGCUGUCAUACGACGCGAUGAAGCCAUGGUGCAACUUUUAAUGGAAGGUUCUGAUCGAAUCACCCGGACCCGUGCGUUAUCUCUCAGCAUGGAUCAGCUUGAUGCACGUAUUUCCAAUAUUAUCUUGUCCCAAGGAGGCGCCGUUGAAUUUGAAAACCAGGACUAUCGGCGGUACCCACAUUACAGAAAUCAGGAAGGAGCUGAUUAUGACAUGAUUAAUCCGAUCGUGCGGGCUAUUAAUUCCGGAAAUGUGGAUAUGGUGCGACUUUUGGUCAGUGAGAAAGGUGCCUCUGUAAAUGUUUGGUAUCAAGGAUUGUAUCAUUCACAAUCAUCACGCUCAGAAGGCUCCGCAUUCCAACUAGCAAUUGAUUUAGGCCAUAUUGAUAUUAUUCAUUUUCUCCGGGGCCAUGGGGCACAGGAGGGCGGAUAUGGAAGCUAUUGGACCACCAUUUUUGCAUUGUCCUUGACGGAUUGA